GUGCCCUAAAGGGAACCAGUCAUUAAUAAUUACCCACAUCCACACACACACUCAUUCACUCACUCCACCCCACGGGCGAACGUCGGUUCUAGGCAAUGUCAUCCACUAGGAAAGCUCCGGUUUUGCUAUUGGCCUUGAUGGGCCCUUCCUUCUCGGACCAGGCGAAACUCUACUAAGUGUGGAUGGUCCGCUGAAUUUCCACUGACAAGACGACUGUCGCUCUUGGCCCGGCGUGGAUCCUCGCCACUACUCUGGAUCUAACCAGACCUGCAUUGGCUUAUCACAAACCGCCAUUCGGCCAUGUGCCUGGGUCCCGAAGGCGGGCUGGUGGAGGGUUGCCUCUGCCCAGAGAAAUUUCGGGUGCUCUUGUCCGUUUGCAUAUAAGUUAACCUCGCGCCUGUCCGACUUGGCCUGCAUCGUGUGUCAACGCCUCACCACGGUCAUCUUCAUUUCCUUAGGGGUACCAAGAGUGCUUAACCAGCUCUCCAACCUCUCAUCUCGCAGGCCAAGAGCAACCAUUGCCAUAGUCGCUUCCUGCCCAGCUUCACCUCUCGACGACUAGAUGGCCGACUUUGGACCUCGUGCCCCCCAUGGGCCCGAUAUGUCGGGGAGUCACAAUCCUCUUGAGGACAUGGAUCAUCACGAGAAGGGUGCUUUCGACGCGUUGAUUCGCCCCGAUGACAGCUAUACCCCAGACGGUACCUACUGGGCCGAUUUGCCCAUGUUCCAGAAGCUCAAGUUCGUGAGCUCCUACGAUGCGAAGGAAGCCAAGCGCGAACUAAGCGGCAUCUGGGAAAUGACCAAGCAAGAUCCCUUGUCGCCGAUCUCCUAUUACUUUCGGAACAUGGUGCUUCCCGGUGCUGGUCUAGGUCUAGAGGGUUACGUGCUCUUCUCCAUCGGAAACGUCAAGCCCCUCUUCCAGGCCGCCUUCAAGUCGUGCUGGAAGGACCAUGAAAUUUGCAAUGCACAAUGGCUUAACGCCAUCGACUACCUCGAAAUUAUCGGUAUCAUUGUGGGUCAGAUCUUAGUCGGUGUCAUCGGUGAUUGGCUUGGUCGUCGUUGGGGUCUGAUUCAGGAUGCUACCAUCAUGUUUAUCGGUUUGAUCAUGCUUACCGCUGCUUGGGGUGUGACCCAGAAUGGCUGGGUGAUCUGCUACGCUUGGUCGCUGUUCUUCUACGGUAUUGGUGUUGGUGGUGAAUAUCCCAUGACCGCAACCAGUGGUAUGGAAAAUGCCGUUGGCUCUGGAAAAGUCUCGACCAAGGAGGACCGUCUUCAUCGUGGUAGGAAGGUCACCAGCGCUUUCUUGAUGCAAGGCUGGGGUCAGUUCUUCAACCAGGUUAUUCUCAUCAUCUUGCUGCUCUGCUUCCACCAUGGCAGCGGUAACCCUCCUUACUCGUCUGUGUCCGCUCAAUGGGUGUACCGUAUCUCCUUCGCCAUUCCUGCGGCGGGUACUUUGUGGCUGGUCUACUACCGUGCCUACCAUAUGAAGGCUGCUAGCAAGCAGUUGGCGGCGGCCAAGAAGAAGGCAUCCGUCACCGGUUAUGAUUUCAACUCUCUUGCACUGACCUUCAAGUACUUUGGACCCCGUAUCCUGGCGACUGCUGGUGGUUGGUUCGCCAACGAUGUGUUUUUCUACGGCAACAAGCUCUUCCAGUCGGAAUUCAUCUCGGUUAUCAGCCCCUCCUCCAAGUCGAUCAUGCCAACCUGGCUGUGGAACUUGUGCAACGUGGGUGUCUCGCUGGUCGGCUACUAUCUCGCCUCGUUCCUGAUCGACAACAAGCUCUAUGGCCGCAAGUGGAUGCAGAUGGUCGGUUUCCUGAUGUGCUUCGUCCUCUUCGUCGUUCCCGCCUUUCACUACAAGUACUACACCUCGCCGGAGCACAUUAAGGAGUUCCAAACCAUGUACUUCCUGAGUUCCUUCUUCAACCAGUUUGGCCCUAACUCGGUCACCUUCCUGGUCGCCGCCGAGGUCUUCCCAACUCCUAUUCGUGCCACCGCCCACGGUCUCUCUGCUGCCGCCGGUAAGGCUGGUGCCCUUUUGGCGUCGGUUUUGUACAACUACAUCGACACGCAAACCAAGUUCUACGUGGUUCCCUGGUUCGGUCUUGCGGGCAUGGUUCUGACCUUCGUUUUCCUCCCCGACACCACUGGCCUGGAUCUUAAGGAACAGGAGCGUCGCUGGCAGUACCUCCGUGACGGCCGUGAGCACGAGUACCACGGCCCUGCUGUCCACCCGAAGCACUUGUCUCUCUGGGAACGCUUGAUGGGCAAGGGCAAACUCUAUGAUGCCGAUGCCGAUUACAAGCAGAAGGUUGAGGAGUACCGUGCCGAAUGGGAGUCUGCCAUGGCUGCUCGUAUCUCCGAGAAAGAGAAGGGUGAAGAGCUCGCUAUGGAUACCGACGAGAGCCUCUUGGAAGGACACGUUCAUGCAUACUUCCAUCGGACUAGCCCCAUGUUCCGUCCGAUGGAGCAGAAUGCGAAGUCGGAUAACUUCGCCCUGCCUCCCGCGGCCCACGAAGAUGACUCGACCGCGUCUUUCAACGAAAAGUCUGAAAAAUCCACCUAAUUGCUUUUAUACCCAUUUGCUGAGUUUCCUUUGACUGUUUUGGGAUGUGGCAUGUUCUUCAGCAUGAAAUCCUCUCGUCUCUUUACCUGUAUAGCUUAAUUUCUCUUCUUUUGUGAUGUUGUUGAAUCGGUCGACGAGAGCAAUGUGCAUUGAGUGCUGUGAAUACCCGCGUAUAUAGUAUAGACUUGCCUAAUGUUGCAUACCCCAAUCAAUAGCGUGCUGGAUCAUCA